AUGUUGGGAUAUGAUGACCCGCUUUUCUGCGAGUUAAUGAGGCUUUAUCUCGUCAUCCACUCUGAUCACGAAGGUGGUAAUGUUUCCGCUCACACAUCUCACCUAGUUGGUUCCGCUCUUUCGGACCCUUACCUCUCGUUCUCUGCUGCUAUGGCGGGUCUCGCUGGCCCACUGCACGGACUUGCUAAUCAGGAGGUCCUUGUCUUCCUCAACAAGAUUGUUAGCGAGCUUGGAUUUAACUACACUGAAGAGCAGUUAAAGGAGUGGGUGUGGAAACACCUGAAGAGCGGACAGGUCGUUCCUGGAUAUGGUCAUGCUGUGCUGCGCAAGACCGAUCCUCGUUAUGAGUGUCAGCGUCAGUUCGCUAUGAAACAUCUACCCAAGGAUGACUUAUUCAAGCUUGUGUCAACUCUUUACAAGAUCACUCCCGAUAUUUUACUUGCCCAGGGCAAGGCGAAGAACCCAUGGCCAAAUGUGGACGCACACUCUGGUGUUCUGCUGCAGUACUUUGGCAUGAAUGAGAUGUCGUUCUACACAGUCUUGUUUGGAGUGUCUCGUGCACUUGGAUGCCUUUCUCAGCUAAUUUGGUCUCGCGGAAUGGGCCUGCCGUUGGAAAGACCGAAGUCGCAUUCAACAGAAGGACUGAUGAAACUUGCUGCAGCUGCAGCUAAAAAGUAG